CCUGGCUCGCUAACUCGACUGCUCUGGGGGAUUCGUGCGAGGUAAGAAGCUGCGCCGCAGCGCAGUGAGGUGAGGUUCUCAGCCAUGAAAACUGCAGGGUGGUGUUCGUUCCCGCUGGCCUGGCGGAACUUGUAUGGGAAGCUCGGAGGACAGAAGGCCUAGCCGCUGGGUCCCUGAGCUCGCUGAGCGCGGGCUGCUCGGACUAGGUAGGGGUGUCGGCCUCAGCUGUUGGGCUCUGGCUACUGAGGGCUGCGCGUCCAGCCGCUCUGGAAUCCUCAUGGGGGUGGGCAGCCCGGCUCUCCUACUUCAUGCUCUUGAUAACCCAGAGCCUCCCCCUUCCCACUUAGGCGGGGGAAGGAUAAUCCACUUCGUUUUGAACAGCUUCGGUCCCCACUGGGACAGUCGCAUAAACUUCAGCGAAGAGUGCGCUCGUACCUCUGAUGAAAUUAUGACCAGGUGGGCCCGAGUUAGUACCACAUGUAACAAGAGACCCUUGCCUGCAACAUCAUGGGAGGACAUGAAGAAGGGAUCCUUUGAGGGAACAAGCCAAAACCUACCAAAGCAUAAACAACUUGAAGCCAAUAGGCUAUCCCUCAAAAAUGAUGCAUCCCAAGCAAAACAUAAAAAGAAAAAGAAAAAGGAGUACUUAAAUGAAGAUGUGAAUGGAUUCAUGGAAUACCUAAGACAGAAUUCACAGAUGGUUCACAAUGGGCAAAUUGUAGCAACAGACAGUGAGGAAGUAAGGGAAGAAAUUGCAGUUGCUUUAAAGAAAGACAGUCGACGGGAAGGAAGAAGAUUAAAAAGACAAGCGGCAAAGAAAAAUGCAAUGGUGUGUUUCCAUUGUAGAAAACCUGGUCAUGGAAUUGCAGAUUGCCCUGCCGCCCUUGAAAAUCAAGACAUGGGCACUGGGAUAUGUUACAGGUGUGGGUCCACAGAGCACGAAAUAACCAAGUGUAAGGCUAAAGUAGACCCAGCUCUUGGCGAAUUUCCUUUUGCAAAAUGUUUUGUUUGUGGAGAAAUGGGGCACCUGUCUAGAUCUUGUCCGGAUAAUCCCAAAGGCCUCUAUGCUGAUGGUGGCGGCUGCAAACUUUGUGGCUCUGUGGAACAUUUAAAGAAAGAUUGCCCUGAAAGUCAGAAUUCAGAGCGAAUGGUCACAGUUGGUCGCUGGGCAAAGGGAAUGAGUGCAGACUAUGAAGAAAUUUUGGAUGCACCUAAACCACAAAAACCCAAAACAAAAAUACCUAAAGUUGUUAAUUUUUGAUAACAACUAGCACUAUCAUUAGUUACCACCUCAUCGUUACUUUCUAAACCAGGCCCACUUCACGAGUUAGAGUUGAGCUCCCUUGUAGCCAGGACUAUACUGUAGAUAUCACUAUAAUCUGGGUGUGGUCGAAAACAAUUUUGUUUAUUCUGUCCAUCAAAUUGUACUUCUACUACUGUUUGGAGAAAAUUGAAGAAAAGAAUAAGAUGAUUAAAUGGAUUAUCU